AUGGCAAGCUCGUGGACGCCAAGGCGCACGUUAGUCGAGAUUGCGCGGUCGUGCCCGGCGUACCCCCACGUCCACUUCAAGCUCGGGUAUCUCUACCUCCUUUUGAAUGACGCGCACAAGGCCUUGGAAGCGUUUGGGAUGGAGGUUGCGACGCUCUUGGCGACGCCCGAGGCAACGCACGAGGUGCACGCGAAGCGGGUCGCGGCCAAGGCCUUUCUCUGGUGCGCCCAUGCAGGACGACACGAAGCGUACACGCUGCUUGGCCUGCCGGAGAAGGCGCAGAAAGAACAAGCCGCGCUCGAGGCCCACGGCGGCUCGUCGCUCGAGGCGCAUGUGGCCAUGGGCUGUCUCUUUGCCCGUCUCGGUUUGCUCCACCGCGCCGAUCGCUGUUUUGAAAAAG